AUGACGACAGCACAUCAGCAGCAGCAGGAGCUGCUGCCGCGUCUGGAACAGCAACAGCAGCAGCUGCAGCAGCAGCUGCAGCUCCCUGCUCGCCACACAACAGCAGCUCGGAGGCUCCCCAGUUCCUUUGAGCUGUUUAUCAGCGCUGCUGUCAGCGGGUUAAUCACAAAGACGGCCUGCGCUCCCAUGGAUCGCCUGCGGCUGUUGUAUCAGGUACAGGGAAUGUUGCAGCAAACGCAGCAGCAUCAGCAGCAACAACAGCAACAGCAGCAGUAUGGGCAGCACCAGCGUCAUCGUACAGCGCUGAAGCAGGGCAACUCUCCCUGGCGAUUGUCGCAAGGUCUCCCAGUGAACAACAAAGACUUCCUUCCAGAAGGAAUAGCGCAAGUAAACAACAGUUACAAAUACACUAAGUACAAAGGGAUUAUUUCAGGGUUGAGGCUUGUCAUUCAGGAAGAGGGCUUUAGAGGCCUCUGGAGAGGCAACGGGGUCAAUGCAGUACGGGCUGCUGCUUGCUACGCCAUCAAGUUCCCAGCAAACGACCUCGCCAAGCGAGCACUCACCACCAGCAGCAGCAGCAACAGUAGUAGCAGUAGCAGCAGCAGUAACAGCGGCAGCGGUAGCGGCAGCCGUGCGAACGUGGGCUCUCUGUUGCUUGCUGGGGCCCUCGCUGGCUCCCUCCAAAAGACCCUUUCUUAUCCUUUAGAUUUUCUCUCAGUUCGCAUUGCAGUCGGCAUUAACGCAGACAGACUCGGAAAGCAUCACGUAGCAGGGGCUGCGGCUGCCGCUGCGCCAUCUAGCAGCAGCAUCAGUAGCUGCAACAGCAGCUGCACCAGCAACGGCGGCGCCAACAGUCCGUACACCAGCAAGAACAGCAACGUAACCGGCCACAACAGCAGCAGCGGAAGUAUCAGCAUCAGCAACAGCAGCAGUAGCAGAAGCAGGAAGGGCUACAAUGGAGUAGUGGACUGUGCUCGUCGCGUGUGGCGGCUGGAGGGCCCUUUGGGUUUUUUUAAAGGAUAUUCCGUUGCUCUUUUAUCGGGGGUUCCUUACGUCAUGCUGCAGAUGGCAUUUUUCGACUUGUCUCAAAGGCGUCUCAGGUGGGCUUCUGACUCAAUCCAGCAGCAGCAGCACAACAGCAGCAACAGCAACCGCAGCAGCAACAGCAGCAGCAGCAGAGUGGGGACCGGCAGCGCCGCCAACAUGUCGGCUCAGGCGAUUGUUUUUCCCUUUGACACAAUUCGCAAGCGACUGAUGAACGACGGCAUAGACGGACGCCCGAAGCUGUACAGGUCUACGUGGCACUGCUUGCGACAAAUAAAACAAACCGAGGGACUCCGCGCGCUGUACUUCGGCAUUUGGCCAGCGACCCUGCGCAGCCUCCCUGCAGGGGCGAUUCAGUUUGCUUGUUAUGAGUUUAUGAAGGAGUUUUUCUUAAUGCGUGCAGCACAAACUGAAAGCCCAUAG